GUCUAAGUUCUGAGCGACUCCUCAGGAUGGCGCCGCUCCUGCCGCUGCUGCUGCUGCUCGCCGUCAUGAACGCGCCCGGCUGGGCCCAACGGUUCUACGGCGGGACUCUGACCGUCAGCCCGAAGUGGGGGUCUCCGAACGGGACCUAUCAGGUGGAGCUCCGGAACCGACACACCACCCAGUACUGCUACGUCAACCCGUGGGUCUGCCUGUACGGGAACUGCGGCUCCACGCUGCGCUCCACCACCGGGAAGAUCGCCUGGGAAUCCUACGGCCUCAACUGGUGCCUGAAGGAGACGAGCAGCAGCCUCCAGCUGACCGGGAACCUGCCCUUCGCCGUCCGAUUCCCUCGGUACUCCACCUCUUCCUAUGGAAAAUGGGUCUCGAACCCAAGAGGACAUGGGAUCCCCUACAGAAUGAUGGCUCACGUGGACCUGGGAACCCGAUCCGACACCAGAAGACCCAACAGACCUCCCGUCUCCACCAUGCUGCCCAUCGUCAGGGUCACCAGGAACUGCCCUCGGACAUUCAACCUGAAUGUCUUCGACCCCGACGGCGACCGUGUGAGGUGCAGGAUCCCGACCAGCUCCAGCACUUAUGAGUGCAACCUGUGCGGUCCCCAGCAGGACUUCUCUCUGGACGAGGGAUCCUGCUCCCUGACCUACAGCGGCAGCCAUCGCUAUGGAAACCGUCCCAUCGAGCUGGUCGUGGAAGACUUCCCGACUGAACCGAUCAGACUGUCCUAUUCUGAUGGCUCUUACACCAACAAGCAGCCCUUCUCCGCUGCCAGACGUAGACGUCAAGCCUUCGUAACCGAAGUUCCAAGUGCUGGACCAGGUACAACUGGCACCCAGGACCAAAUGAUGGACCAGGUACAACCAGCACCCCAAGUCCAACUGCUGGACCAGGUACAACCAGCACCCCAGGUCCAACUGAGGUGACCAGGUUCUACCAGCACGCUAGGUCCAACCGAUGGACCAGGGUUUUACCAGCUUUCCAACUCCAACUGCUGGACCAGGUUCUACAACCACCCCAGGUACAACUGCUGGACCAGGUUUUACCAGCCUUCCAAUUCCAAACUACUGAACCAGGUACCUCUUCCACAAAUGGUCCCUGCUGCAACUGAAGGUGCAGCCAACACACCUGGUUCAGAUACAGCCAGUCCAGAUACCAAUAACACACACCUACCAGACAACGAGCACGACUCGCCAGACAACGACCACGACUGGUCUUGAGCCCAGCACAGAUACCCAAGACCGCUACAGACCAUCGAUUCCUCCGCUGAGCAAACUCCCUCUGCAGUUCACCGUUUUGGUGGACUAUCACUCGGCACCGUCGUGCCUGGACGGUGAAUAUUUCCCCGUUUCUCCUCACCAACUCGGCUAACGGAGCUCACAUUCCGGCAUUUGUCAACCGCGCCCUGGAAAUCAAAGUGGUAUCGUCGGCGCGGUACUCCACAAUUUAUCGCCUCCUCCUGACCGGGCCAAGAGGCGUUUACCCACAGAGAGUCUCCACGGGAUCCUACAUCAUCAGAUGGACCCCGACUGAAAAUGAGCUCAAUGAUUAUUUCCCCAUCUGCUUCGUUUCUGAGGGAGUGAACAGGUACCGGGUCUACCACUCAGAGAUGCGCUGUGUGACGGUCGAUGUCUCUCAUCAUGAGGCUGUGGUGACCUGCAAACGAGACGUCGAUCAGGGUGGAGGUGGAAAAGACGAGCUCCAUCAGGCAGCAUGAGGACGACCUACACCUGAGAACGCUGGCCAACUCUGCAGAGUGCAGCCUGAAGACACUGUCCAACAACACCCACCUGGUGGCGCUCAUGUCACUGACCUCCUGUGGGGACUUACGUAGAGGAGGAUGAGGAGAACCUCACCUUCAGGAACCAGAUCACAUCCGCUGACCCGAAAGAAAGUCAUCUCCAGGCGCAACGACGUCGAUAUCGCCCAUUUUAUGCGUCUACCCGAAGAGAACCAACCUGACUCUGGGGUUCCGGCACAAGAACCCGUAGCCUUCCAGAGAGAGCGGCUUUGGCAGCUUCACCUUCCAGUUCGAGUUCUUCCCAGAGGCCAGCUCUUCAGACGGCAGGUGGAGGGCAGCAGCUACCCGUGGAGGGUUCCUCAAGCAGAUGGUCUACAUGCAGAUCCAGGCCACCUCGUCCAUCCGAUACCCAGUUGUUCGUGGGAUCCUGCAGGGCCACGCCCUACGACAAACCCGAGUCCCGCGUCAGCUACCACAUCAUAGAGAAUGGGUGUGUGAGGGAUCCAACUGUGCAGGAUCUACCCCGCUUCCGGGUCCGUCUUCAGGUGCGGACAUGGAGGCUUUUGAGUUCAUCGGCGCUCACGAUGAGGUCUACAUCACCUGCUCGGUGAUCCUCUGCGAGCGUGGCGUGCCAAACACCCGCUGCUCUCAGGGAUGCAUCGAACCGGGAAGCGGUCGCAGCAGGAGGGAGGCUCCGGCUCAGACCAGCAAGCCACUUCAUUUCCCAGGGUCCUUUGCGCCUGAGGGCUUCAGACAGCGAG